AUGGAUGCUUCCCAGAGGACUGACUGGAUUGUCUCCUGUUUUCUCUUCCUGCCUCAGAGAGACUCGUGGGAGCAGUCGGUUCCGGAGCCGGUGUCCCAGGUGGAGGCUCUGUGUCCGGACGGCCUGGCCUCUGUCAGCGUCCCGCCCUCCAUGCCCAGCCCAGAUCCCCCGGGGAGCCCCUCCCAGUACCGUUCCCCGGGCCGGGGCUCCUCCAUGGGCCCCGGGAGCCAGCCCUACACCCUGCACCCCCUGGAGGAAGCCCACUACCACCCUCUGACCACCAGCGGCUCCUACCCGGUGCCCUCCGCCUCCUUCCCCUGCCCGUCCUACAUGAGCACCCCCAUCAGCGACCUGGUGACCAAGAUGGUGACGGAGGAGGCGGCCGACGGCCACGCCGGCCUCCCCCCCGGCGGCGAGGCUCACCCCUCCUGGGCUAAAGAGGACGGGGUGAGCUCCUGGUCUCCCUACGAGAUCAGGAGGGCCUACUGACUCCAGGGGAGCUUUUCACAGACUAUUAAACAAUGAACUCAACGAGAACUCUGCAGAACGGAAAAGUGAUCGGACAAUUUCAUGCAUUUAUGAAGAGUUCUGAUAGAGAGAGUUCUUGAUCUGACGGGAGAUUCCUUCUUUUUUGUUACAAUAAAAACAUAAACCAUAAGCCUUAACGUUAAAAACUAAAGAAUAUUUGCGUUGAUGUUUUUAAGUUGGUCGAAUAGUUUAGGGGCGUCUCUGUCAUGAAAUUUAAACUUCUGCAGUUUCAGGGUUUUUCAGGUUCAACUACUUUGAAAACAAUAUAAAUGAUGAUUUAGUGAAAUAUGUACAGCAGUUAUAUCCUCAUGUUUGUGUUUACGUGAAAAUGAACGUACGAGAUUUCAAAUUGGUUGUGAGGCUGAUAUUCAGAAAAUAAUCUCUGUGUCAAACAAACAUUUAUGAUUCUUCCAGAUUUAGUUCAUCAAGAUAAUCUUCAGUGAACUUUAUGAUGUUUAGAGUGUAAAGUAAAAAGCUGACAUGUCUGACAUCUAAUCAAUCUAAUCAAACUCCUCGUCCUGACUCCUCGUCUUGACUCCUUGUCCUGACUCCUCCUUCUAUCUCCUCCUUCUGUC